GACCAUCUCUCCCUCCCGCUCUCAGGUGAAGCAUGUCGUCAUCCUCGUCGUCAUCUCGAUGCUGCGCAGCAGGCGUAUUCCUCGUCCCCUCGCUGCUUCUUCUGCCCCUACUUCUCUCCCUGAUACACACAGCACACGGAGCCACACUGAGAGAGCAUCGCCUUAGUGGAACUGAACCCGUUUCUUAUGGACCCCCAUCCCAAUUGCGCCCUCCUCCCAGCGCAGAGAUGCUCCGAGCUCUACGAUACAUCCAAAGCCUCAGCGAGAGGACUCCAGCAGAUCCUGACCAAUCAGAUCAAGACGCAGAAGAUGACAUGGAGAGCGUGCGUUCAGUGCUUAAAAUGGCAUCUCCAACUCGAAGGGAAGAGAAGGACAACACUCAGGAGUUGCUUCAAGCCGUGCUUACGACUCUACAGCAAACCGAAGAACACAUGAAAACACCACAGAAGGUCAUCGCCGCUCCGAGAUACCACCAGUUCGCAAGACCAAAACAACAAGUGAAGGUGGACACAGAUGAUGGGAACUAUGGGAGAAACUCGUGGGCUGAAAACCGGAGACGCUACAGAGAGUAUCCAAUCAUGUUUGAGGACGAUCAGCCGCUUAAACGGACCAAUGAGAACGCAGAAGAGCAGUAUACGCCACAAAAGCUGGCGACCCUACAGUCUGUGUUCGAGGAGCUGAGUGGAAUCGCUUCAUCUAAAACCAACACCAAACGAAGUGAUGAUGAUGAAGAUGAUGAAGAUUUAUACAGGCAAAGGAAGAUGGUCUUGGAGGACAUCAUGGGAACUGAUGAUUGGACGCCUCUGGAGGAGCAAAUGGAGAGCGAGGAGGAAGAAAGAGAGAGGCACGGAUUCACACGCAACCUUGAGGAUGAUGAUGAAGAUGAUGAUGGGAAGAGAUCCCUUCAAUCUGAUUGGCUGCAGACACAAAGGGAGGAGGAGGAGCCUGAGGACAUGGCGAAGCUUGUGGAUUAUUACCUUCUGCAAAUGCUGGAAAAGAAAGAGCAGGAGCAGCAGAAAAGACAAGAGGAGGAUGAGGAGGAGGAGGUUGAGAAAAAAGAUGAGGAGGAAGAAAACGUGGAGGAGAGGGAAGUCAAACCCAUGCAGUCUUUAUCGGAGAUACUCAAAAUCUCACAGAAGCUCAGAAUUCCUCCGGAGGAACUUCUUCAGCUUCUUCGAAACGAAAACAGGAAGGAUUUACCAGGACGUACGGGUUAUGCUCACAAAACAUUCCCUUCAGCGCCACAUCGUCGGCCAAUAGAAACGUCAGACAUCGCUCAGGACAUCCUGAGCAUCCUCGAGCUGGCAAGUGCAGCGCAACAAAACCAAAGACCAACGCAAGCAAGAAAUGAACGUUAUUAUGAAAGGCAAACAAGCAGGGAUGAUUACGACGACACCGCCGGCGAGGAAGAUGAGUUAGCUAACUAUCUGGCAACCGAAAUGCAGAGACACACACGUAUGGCGCCACUUCGUGACGAAGAUCAACCAGUAAACCUUCAAAACUACUAUGAAAAACCACCAGCGGAGCACGAAAACGCGGCUACAGGAAUAGACAACAGCACAAUGAUGAAAAUCCUGCGGCUUUUGGAUCCGGAAAGCGACGACGCUGACGAAACAGACUCUGAUGCUGGAGAAAAAGUCCCUGAAAUGUAGAUAACUCAUGUAGAGGGUGAAAUAAGUAUUGAACUUGUCAUCGUUUUACUUAGAAAACAUAUUUCUGAAGGUGCUGUUUACUUGAAGUUGUCACCAGAUGUCAGUAACAACUAAAGCAAUCCAUACAUACAAUGAAAUCAAAACUAAUUGGUAUAGAAGUUAAGUUAUGUUUAGUAAAAUGAAAUAGCGAAGUAAAAAAGUAUUGAACA